AUGCCGGACGACUCCAUCCCCAAAACGUUCCCGGGCCUGUCCUCCAAGCUGUCCGCAGCGCCCAAGAAGUCGCUGUUUGAACGCCAAAAAGCCGAGGCUGAGGCAAAACGCGCUCGCGAACGAGCCGAGACAGCCGCGGUUUAUGAGGACUUUGUCAAAUCCUUCGAAGACGACGGCGGUGAUGCGGUUGGUAGUCGGAAUCCUGGUACCAGGCCUCCCGGGUUUGGUCAUUCGGGGCCUGGCAGUCUUGCACCACCACCCAGACGACAUUUUACCGGUUCGUCGACGCGCAAUAGCGGACCGGGCAGCUUAGGUCCGCCGCCUCCACUGGCUCGAAAACGGACGCACGAUGGCUUCCACCGCGAUCGCGAUCGAGAUUCCGGGCAGGGGAUAUUUGGCUACGACAAUUCUGGGCCGGCCGCUGCGUUUCGCACUUCGGAUGAUGAAGAAGAGAGGACGGUGGAGGAUAAAGAAGCCGAAAGAGCUGUUGCAAAGCCUACUGUCUACCUUGCCUCCCUACCGCCCGGUACGUCGCCUACAGUCAUCAAGGCUCUGAUGCCAAAGACUCUCUCGGUGGAUGCCGUCAAGAUCAUUCCUCCACCUUCGCAACCGUCUACAGAGCGCAGGUCCUUUUCUGCAAUUGUCACAUUAUCGAAAGAAACGGCGGCUUCCGAUAUCGAUUUAGCAGUGAGUGCGCUACAGAACAAAUACUUGGGAUGGGGCUACAACCUGUCUAUUUCGCGCCAUCUCUCCUCCGCCGCAAUCCACCCGGGAUUGCCAGUCAGUGUUGCUUCAUCGUCUACGAGUUCGCUACCUUUCGGCGCAAAGGUAAUCAACCAGGCCCCUGUUGGCAGGAUGAAUCGAGCCCCGCCACCUGGUCCUCAUCGGGGUGGGUUUGCACCUCCAGCUUCAUACGGAUCACAGUAUACAAGGCCUGCAUCAUCAGCUCAAAUAGAGGUCAAGCCGCCGUCCGACCUGAAGCAAUUGCAGCUUAUUCACAAGACUCUGGAGAACCUUCUAAAUUAUGGCCCUGAAUUCGAAGCGCUGCUUAUGAGCCGGUCAGAGGUGCAAAGAGAUGAGAAAUGGGCUUGGAUUUGGGAUCCACGCAGCACUGGAGGCGUGUGGUAUCGGUGGAAGCUCUGGGACAUUCUUACCAACUCCAAAGACGAUCGAAGGCAGCGCGGUCGAAGCGACAACACGGUUUCGCUGAUCUUUGAAGGCGGCGCAAACUGGGUUGGUCCAGAGAAGCCGAUCCGGUUUGAGUAUACGACAAAGAUUGACGAAUUUGUCUCGGAUGAAGAGUAUAAUUCUUCUGAGGAAGAUGAAUCCGACCAUGAAGACGAAAGGCGCCGUCAUGCUGUGGAUGAUGGGUUAGGAAAUGACGAUGGCGUGGGAUAUAUGAACCCAUUACAAAAAGCCAAAAUUACACAUUUGAUUGCACGAUUACCGACAGCCAACAGCAAGCUACGCCGAGGGGAUGUGGCCCGCGUAACAGCAUUCGCCAUUGAGCAUGCAAGUGGUGGCGCAGAAGAAGUGGUUGAGAUGCUCGUCGCCAACGUUCUCAGUCCAUUCGCAUAUUCACGGGCAAACCCAGAUCGCGACGACGCACAUAGCGCGCUUCGAGAAGGUGAACAACAACAACAACAACAACAGAGUGCUUCUGCAGAAAGCACUGACAACACGUCCCACAAAUCGAAAGAGGAUACGUCCGCGGCCAAGCUUGUCGGUCUGUACGUUAUCUCUGAUAUCUUCUCGUCGUCCUCUACAAGUGGUGUCCGUCAUGCUUGGCGGUAUCGACAGCUUUUUGAGCACGCAUUCCGAGCUUAUAAUGUCUUUGAGCACCUGGGUCGUCUAGAGAAAGAAUUCCGCUGGGGUCGACUGAAGGCAGAGAAGUGGAAACGAAGCGUCGGAUCCAUCCUUCAUCUCUGGGAGGGCUGGAGUGUAUUCCCUCAUUCAAGCCAAGACCACUUUGUUCAUGUGUUUGAAAACCCACCUCUGACGGAAGAGGAACUUGCAGAGGAGAAGAAGAAGGCCGAGGCUGAAAAGGCCAGUGCAGCAGCGGCUAGCAGCAAAGGCAAGAGUCGGUGGAAGGCGGUCGACGACGACGCAGUUUCUGGAGGAGGGAAGUUUGACCCGAGCCAACCCUCGACCCUUGAUCCCCAGGGAAUAGAGGAAUUCAACGACGAGCUAGACGGGGAGCCUAUGAGCGACAUUGACGGCGUCCCCAUGGAAGAUAGUGAUCUGGACGAAGCUGAGCUGGACGGGCAGCCGCUGGACAUGGAUACUGAGAUGGGCGACAGCGAAGAGAAGCAGCCAACUCAGGCAGCAGAGGCAGAGUCUGGGGGCAGGCCAGAUGAACAGGCGCCAGUUGGGCGAGUGCGAAAACCACGGCCCAAAGCUGAAGACAUGUUUGCGGAUUCAGAUGACGAAGACUGA